AUGGCCAUCCCGGAGACGCUCACGCAGCUCACGCAGCUCACGCUCCUCGCGGCGGCGGCGGCGGGGGCCCCGCCACGGCACCUCGCCCCGAUCGGCGGAGUGGCGACUUGUCCUCUCUUGGCAGAACUGAGUUGGUCUCAUUCGGUGGGUUGCAGCAACGAGACGGUGUCGAACAUCAUCCAAGGCUUGUACAACACCAAGGAGUCCAACCAUGGGAAGCCAGUUUACAAGAAGGAGGGGCCUCAGGGAAGUGUGACCGUCUUGAUCUACUACUGGGACGAACGCGACGGGCCUUCCUUCAACGGCUGGUGGUUCGGCCCGAAGGUCGGCGGGGACCAGGUCUGGGCCUACAAUGCCGGUAACCUGGGCCGCGAGAACGCCAUGCCUCCAACCUCCAACUGGAAGGUGCCCUGGGACGGCAAGGUGGACGAGAAGCUGCGGAUCAGCGUCGGUGCCCCGCGCCGGGACCCACGGGACCGGGAGCGGGAUCUCCGGGACAAGCGCGAGGAGGAGAAGCGCCGCCGUGAGGAGGAGGAGCGGCGGCAGCGGGAGGAAGCGCGGCGGCGUCGGCAGCGUGAGGAAGAGCAGCAACGGGAGCAGGCCAGG